AUGCCCGAGGACGACGGAUCAGACGUACAACAUCGCCGUGCGCAUGUCGCUGCACACCGAGCAUUCCUCGACUUGCCCGUACAGAGCUUCCUUGCCUUUUCCCACCUCACGUGUAGGAAGCGUGGCGUGUGUCUGCAACGGCGGGGCUUACCUCAGCGGCUAGAAGGACAAUUUACUUCACAUCUGACACUCGAGCCUCCACGACUUACAUCAUCGUCGGAAGAAAGGGAUAAGAGCGUCCGCGACAUCACGAGACAUGCCACCAAACUUGGUGGGACGUCAGCGACGCCGGUUUACUUAACGCGCGUCGUCACCGCGCAGCCUUUACCCACUGACGUGCCCGAAAUCGAAGAAGCCCGGGUUGGACUCCCGUCUCGUACGGAAGACACACCACGAAUACCGGAGCACCAUACAGAUGGAGAAGUCGACCUCGACGCUGAGCUCCAAGCCCCAUCAUGGCAUGAUCCGGACUGCGGUCUCGCCUUCCAUCGAAUUCGGUGGCACGACAUUACCGCCGCCGACGCCCAAUUUUACAAGCUCUUGGCUCCUCCCUUGUCGGACCUUGUCGCUGGCAGCCGCCGUCCCCACUACCUUAGUACCCGUCUAACAAGGUGAUUCGGAGAUGGACGACGAAAGAAGCAGAGGCGGUGCACUCUGGAGUCCUGCUGUCUAGAGUCUGACUGGUGGACGGUGGUGCUGUGGUUCGGGAACGACGCCAGGGAUCAUGAAAGCGCUAGACCAAACUGGAGCCCUCCCUCUCUUCUUAGGUCUGUUAAUUUGGGUCUCUUUUCUCGAGGCCAUUUCCCCUCGGGUUUCCACACACCUGUUUAUCCAUCGAGGCUCUAUUUUACGCAGCCUUGGAAUAUGCCACGGUUGCCCUGGUAUGCGCAUGGAGGGUUCCCGGACUGACUUGCUACCGCUGGGUUUGGGACGCCCAGACCUGUCAGGACCACCUCACGACUCGCGAGGAAGGGAAAACAUUGCCGUUCGAUCGUGUUGUUUCGUGCUCUCCUUCGGAGGGUGGAAACCGACAGCCCCCCGUCAUCCCAGAGCCGGCUGCGUCGUCGAGAGUCUGAUUCAGGUCCUUGUCUAUUCCAAUACCCAAUACGACGGUUCGCAACCCUUUUAAUCGACCUCUGGGACGGCUUUCGGUAGAAGAGCAACGAUACCUUUAAGCCUCUGCCAGGCCAGAAGAUGUCGUGCUGCAAGCGAUUACGUACACCGCAGAGCCCGGAAGAUCAAUCCCACAGGAUUCCAUCUCCCUAACUUUCGACCACACUUUUCCGACACAUUCCCGGCACUUCUAUACCUCGUACUAUGCUUAAUCAGCAAACAGCGCUUAUUACUCUCAUAUCGUCCCUACAAUCCUAGUGCAAAAGGGUGCGGCGUUUUAACCGCCGUCCUGGACUCCGAGCCAACGAACGGCCUUGUGGAUUGAAAAACACCACGUUUUGCGCGACGCUCGACCAAUGCAAAAAAAGAACGCUUCCCCGGCAGCAAGAGGUGGCAAAAGUUC